UGCACCGCAUCAUCCUCAGCGGCAAAAAAGAAUUAUCUUCACCCAGCAUUGCUCUCCCUCCGCCAUGGGGCUCGCCAUGGCGCCCUCCUCCCUCUCCUUCCUCUCCGCGCAACCCCUCCACCCCCGCCGUCUCCACCGCCAAAGCGCCGCCCCCACACCCACCGUCCGGUGCGCCGCGAAGGCGGCCGCGGAUGCGCCGGCCCUGAGGCCCCUGCCGCCACCCAAGCUGGUCCGCUGCCCGGCGCUGGACCGGCAGGCGGCGCGUGCGAACCGGCUUCGCUUCGCCCGCAAGCUCCUCACCCUGCUGCUCUCCAAGCCGCGCGGCUUCCUGCCGCUCCGCGUCCUCCGCCGCUGCCGCGGCUUCCUCGGCCUCCCGCGCCGCCGCCCGCUGGUCCCCUUCGUGCUCCGCUACCCGACCCUCUUCCGCCUCUUCCAGGCCCCCACCUCCAGCCCCCUCUCGCCCUCCCUCUCCACCCUCGCCGUCGGCCUCACCCCCGCCGCCCACGCGCUCGCCGCCGACCUCGCCGCCCUGCGCGGGGCCGACCUCGCCCCACUCCUCGCGGCCAAGCUCCAUCGCCUCCUCCUCAUGACCCCCCACCGCAGCCUCCUGGUGUCCAAGCUCGCCCACAUCGCCCCCGACCUCGGCCUCGCCAUGGACUUCCGCGCCACGCUCUGCCCCCGCCACCCGGACCUCUUCGCCUUCCACGGCCACGCGCUCCAGCUGGCCGACCCCCCGCCGCCGCCCCCCGCGCCGCUGCCGCCGCCGCUCCGCCCCGCCGCCCAGACCGGCCGCCUCAUCGACCGGCCGCGGAGGUUCCCGCACCUCCCGCUUCGCCGCGGGCUCAACCUCCGCCGCGCGCACCGGGACUACCUCCUGCGCUUCCACAGCCUGCCCGAGGUCUCCCCGUUCGAGCCAUUGCCUCAAGACGCCAGCCCGGAGAUGGCGGAGCGCCGUGCCUGCGCGGUGCUGCGGGAGGUGCUGGCCAUGACGGUGGAGAAGCGCACGCUGGUGGACCACCUCACGCACUUCCGCAGGGACUUCGGGCUGCCCAACCGGCUGCACGCGCUGCUGGUGCGCCACCCUGAGCUGUUCUACGUGAGCAUCAAGGGCGUGCGGCAUUCGGUGUUCCUGGUGGAGGCGUUCGACGACGACGGGAGGCUUCUGGUGGAGGAUGCGUUGCUCGUUGGCAGGGACCGGCUGGAGGAGCUUGUCCGGGAGGGCAAGCGGAUCAGGCGGGCUGACAGGAAUGGUGUGUUUGCGGUUGAUGGCGAUAGUGAUGAGGAUGAUGAGGGAGAUGACAAUGUAGCAGAUGUUUUUUCGUCUGAGGUGGAUGGUGAUUUUGCAGACUUGUUUGAAGAUAGUGUCGCUGGGGAGGACUGGAAUGUGGUGGGUGAUGGAGGUGGGAUAGAGGGGGGCGACGAAGAUGAUGCCGAAUCGGAUGCUAUGGAGGAGUUUUGGGUGAAGAAGGCUGUGGCACAAGGGCUGGUUGACAGUGGCAGUGAACAUGAUGUUUGGUGAGGAGUGUCGAUGUGCUAGGCAAAUUUUGCCUGGGCUGUUGAUAAAGACUGGGGAUUGCUCAAAUGCAUUCUUCUCAGCUAUUUACAGUAGCCAUAUGCCCAGAAGUAUUAUUGCAUAAUUUGAGAGCUUUUGAUAAUGAAGGUGAAAGGUAUUUUGUUGCUUGCGGACUAAUUUGAUGAUGUCCCUGGGGAGGACUGGAAUGAGGUUCGUGAUGGAGGUGAAAUCGAGGGGGACUAUGGAGACGAUGCUGAAUCGGAUGACAUGGAGGAGUUUUGGGUGAGGAAAGUUGUGGCAGAGGGACUGGGGCAGCGAGCAUGAUGUUUGGUCACGGACUCACGGGUGUUCAGAACAUAUCAUUUUGCCCAGGCUGUUAUUGAGGACCACAAAUUGCUCAAAUCCAUUCUCCUCAGCUAUCUGCAUUAGCCAGAAAGUACAUAACUUGGGAGCUUUGAUAAUGAAGAUGAAGGAUGCAGAGUUGUCGCUGAAAAUUCAAAAAACUGGAAGCAGUUUCUCUUUCAAGUGUUUUAGCUCUUAUAGAAAUGGACCGUGCUUAUAGUACUACUAUUCGACGUUGGCUCUACUCAACUGAGAAUUACGAUGGAGAACCCAGGGACGACAACCCCCUGUAUCCAACUGCCCAUCCACAAUAUCUGGCUGUCCACUAUACAUACGCAUACGCUGUAUUCAUAUCCAAAAUAUUCAGUUCGUUAUGUGGUCGUAUAUCCCUUGUCAAAUGUGGCAUGGACCCUCCAUAUGGACGGUCAGCAUUGAAAAAUCCAACCCCUCUUUAUUUGCUUGGGUCAAAGUCAGUCUACAUGAGCCUGUCAACUAAUGUACCUCUUUCUUCCUUAUCGGCCAUUGAGAGAUCCUCAUCCAGAGCUGACGCGUUUCGUUGCCUAGUUCCUCCUCGUCGCCUGAGCAGAUUGUCCGAGAAGAUUCUGUGGUUGCCUAGUCAUCUAGAGCUAGUUUGGUUUGUGUCCUGGUGACUUCACGCCUGGCCUGGAGCGUCCCUGGGAGUUGCUAGGAAUUCGUUUGGAUCAUGUCCUGGAGUUUCCUGAGGAGGUAGCCUGGCUUGGGACAGCAGGGAAGGUUGUUAGCCUGGCUAGAGAAGCCAGGGAGAUCAUUAGCCUGGUCCAGGCAUUCAAAUCCGCUUGCCUGGCGGUGGAAGACAGCAGCCUGGGCUUGCUUUUACAGGAAUAGCUCUCCUUAGGUGAGAUGAUGGGCUGUUUUUUUAAAAGUAAUACCGCUCCAGGCCGGCUACCAACCAAACGCUAUUCAGUCCAGGCUUCCUGACCAGCAAUUUUUUUCCAGAUUUCGAAUUCAGGUCAGGCAGCAGUUUUGCCCAGGCACACAGCUGUGGACACGAACCAAACUAGCUCCUAGUUCCUCCUUGUCGCCCGAGCAGAUUGGCAAGGCAGAUUGUCCGAGCAGAUUCGCGUACGGGAGACUGUCUACUACUGUACAUUCAAAGCACUGUUGAAAUUUCUACCGAAAGGCAUCCUCUUCGUCGUAUGAUUCACGUACAGGAACUCAACGCUCCACUCACCUGUACCCUUGUCAGAAUCCUCCCGAGCUGCUCUCCCCCAUGGCCAUUAUCCUCAACAAAUCUGCGGGUUGCCUAGUUCCUACUCAUCGCCGAAGCAGAUUGUCCAAGAUGAUGGUAUCCAUAUCAGUUCCCGACGGCCCGACCUAGGUAGAUUUUAGCCUGGGCUGUAUGGAGAUGCAUUGAUUGUUACCAACGAGACACAUGACACACCAGCCCAUUUAAUGCGUACACACUCCGUAUUUUUCUUUAUCAACCCGUAUAGCCACAAUAUCGAUUUACAUGGCAAUUUUCCUACUACAUUGUCCACUGAUCUCAACGCUCCCACCUACCGCCGAGAUUCCAGGGGGGCUGGUUGCCAUGAGCCCAAAAUUCACGUCCCUACUUAACUCGUCUUUUGUCUGUAGGGACAUAACUAGGAGUGGGCUAGGUUCAUCGUCUUGAUACUGGUACAGAGUUCACAUGAGAAGUACAUUUCGUCCUUUUGAAUAUAAUAAAGCUAAGAAAAUUCAUCACUUGUUUGAAGUAGUGAUAGAGCUCACACAGCCACAUACCUACCCAAGGACGAAGUUCAUAACCAAGGAAUUUGUAGCUAUUGACGUACCGCAUGACCAAUGACUUCAUGUUACUGCCUACCAGAUAAAUCUCUUAUAAGAAGCAAGACUUCCCUAAGCAAAUGGUGACUAACUUUUUCCUCAUUUCAAUCCGAUGCCUUACAAUUAUGUAGUCCACAAUUGUGCAUUAUUUGUUGUGUCAAUGCACCCUAAAUAUAUGAAUUUGAUAUGCAUGGGCAUAGAAGGCAUCUGGAAUUACUGAUGGAUCGCCAUGACUACAACACAAACUCGCCAACUCAUGACACUGCCACCGUGCAUUUCCCUCCUACUCCACCUUAUCAGCUACCCCUGUGCUUCACUAUUAUACAGACCAAUUUGCCCGCUUUUUUCUGGCAAUCUCUACAGCAUUCUCUCAAAUCAUCAUGAGGUACCAGCCAUCCAGUCAUUUCUUGCUUCGCUCAGCUGAAAUGUGGAUACGAGAAGAUUCGGUCAUGUUGAGGAUGGUCAAAACAGGGAGAUGCAAGGUUGGAAACGUUGUACCUAUAUCCCUAGAGAGAAAAGGUGAGUUAAGCAGAGCCAACAUCGCCUAGUGCUAUAUACAUAGCGUUCCCCAAAUAUCACUGUCCAUAUCUAUAAGACCCAGGACGCUUGGAAGACAAACUGCUUCUAGUUUUUACUUUUCAGCCACAACUUUGCAUCCUGCGAAACCACUCAGUUCUUACUGCCCGAUAUCGUAUCAAGUGCACAUAUACCGAGCAUGUAUUUACGCACAUGACAUAAGAUUUCAGAUUGCAAUUUGAAUCAUAACAACAACAACAACAACAAAAUACAAUUUUGGUGCCGACAGUGGUGAUUGGCCAGAAUUCAUUACUCAGUUUGAAAAUGUAUGCUUUUUUAUUUAUUUUGUUUCACGAAGCGUAACUUGAAUUGAAAUCUGAAAUUUUGUACCAUAGCUGAAUCUUAGUGUUUUUAAUCAACAACUUUAACGGGGUUAUUUUGGAGCACCGAGAGCAGCGCAAGGCUAGAAGUGCCGAGUGUUGCACUUCAGCCAUAAAGCUUGACUUCCAUGGUUACUCUCGGCACGCAACACAGCCAGCUCGUGAGCUGGUUUGUUACAGGCCCUAGGGCAUGUCACAAUUCUGAGUUAACGCCAUGCGCAGAAGGAACUUUGCCUGAAGGAAGACUAGAGGUCCAGUCCUGACAGGUCACAGGUCAGGAGCUCGUCUCAGUUGCUCGUUUAAGCACAAUGCAAUUGCUGAAGACCACCCGCCUGAAAUUCAUAGAUUAUUUAGUCGACAACUGGAAUAGCCAGAUUGUAGUGCUUAAGCAGCUUCAGGAAUUCACGCACACAUGGCGAAAAUAGUGCCUUCGGUGCAGUCUUGGCCGAUAGGCCCCCAGCCUCCCGAUCUCAUCCUCUUGGAAGGUGCCAUGUAUUUUCAUUUUAGUCACAUCAGUUGAUGGGGAUUUCCAGCUUUGAUCCUAAUGGGCGGCUUAGGUUCCUUCUUGAGAUGGUUUCUCCAUGCUUCAGUAUGGCGUGGGAUCAUGAAUUGAAAUUCAUCCACAGCAAGGGCGUCUCUCCUGGUGGUUGAUUAUGCUGCGCUCCAGCCACCAGCACCAAAGGAGCGUGAUCACCUUUCAUGCUCUCAUCCGAUGGCGGGGCCAGGAUCUGGUCUCCUCCAGGUUCAGAGGUUGCUAGCAUGCUUUCACUUUACUCCGAGGAACAGGUGCCCGCUGUCCUCAAAGUAGCGGUUACAGCACCUGACAUCAAGCUCAACUCCUCAUCUGGCGAUGUUCGGGUGGUUCCACAGCCUACCCGAGGUCUCCCCUUUUGAGCCAUUCCCUGAAGACGCGAGCCAUUCCCUGAAGACGCGAGGAACAGGUGCCCGCUGAGCCUCGAAAUGGCUGAGCGGCGUGCGUAUGUGGUGUGCGGCAGGUUUUGAGCGAUGAUGGUGGAGAAGCGGACGCUGGUGGACCACCUCAUGCACUUCCGCGGGGACUUUGGGCUGCCCAACCGGCUACAUGUGCUGUUGGUGUGGCACCCUCAGCUGUUCUACGUGAGCAUCAAGGCCGUGCUGCAUUUUUAAGUUCCAGUUAAGGUCCUCACAUGGUUGUCCUCAGAUAAUUCUCAGGUUUUCCUUGCUUCUAAGCCAUGUUUUAUCUUCCUCAUUGAGUUCUCCUAUACCUAAAUGAUGAACUCUCAAAAGCUAAGUUCAUAGUAUUUGCACGGGAAUGGAACAGGCCUUGUAACACCUUAUUCAAAAACAGAAUUUCUUGACUUGGUUUGACAGGUUGCAGAGUUGUUGCUGAAAAGUAAAAACUAGAAGCGCUUUGUCUUCCAAGCCUUUAGGUCUUAUAGAUAUGCACAAUGCUAUUUGGGGAAUGCUAUGUAUAUAGUACUAUGUGUUGGCUCUACUUAACUCGCCUUUUCUUUCUAGGGACAUAACUAUGUGUUGUCUAUGUGCACCACCUUGAUAUUGGUACAGAGUUCACAUCAGCAGUAAGUUUCGUCCUUUUGAAAAGAUAAGAAAGCUAAGAAUAUUCAUCAUUUUUAUGUAGUGAUAGAGCUCACAUAAUGAUAGACCUACCUAAGGACCAGGUUCAUAACCAAGGAUUUUUUUUAGCUAUUAAGGUACCGCAUGAUCAAUGACUUCAUGUUACUGGCUACCAAAUAAAUCUUUUAUAAGGAGCAAGGCUUCCUAAGCAAAUUAUGACGAACUUCUUUCUCAUUCACCCCUAUGUCUUAAAGUUAUAUUGUCCAUGGUUGUGCAUUAUUUUUGAGAAAAAUGGUUGUGCAUUAUUUGUUGUGAAUGCACACGAAGGAUAUGAAUUUGAUAUGCAUUGGCAUAGAAGGUAUCAGGAAUUACCGGAGGACACCGGAAUUAACGGUUACCGCGAAAUCUCGGUGAUUUACCGAACGAAUUAAUUCAAACAAAUUUUGAAUUCAAAAAAAUUAAACCUUAAAACAAAUAAAAUAACUAUCCUAAUUUCACUAAAGUGGUUUCUAGGCUGAGUGAUUAGGCCAUCUCCCUUUCGUCCUCCAGGUCGGGUGUUUGAUUCAUCCUACGUUUUUGCUAUUUAAUGAGUGGAACUCGAACCCGUGGCCUCGCUUUCCUACCUCGAGAGGCUAACCAGUAACCACCAUAGCAGACCAAUCUUUGUGUAUAAAGUUCCGUCAGUAUUCUAUUUAAUCAUGUUUUUCUGAAGAAUAAAUUCAAAUGUAACCGAUUUUUUUUGGCCGGUAGCAUUGUUUCUCGGAGGGUAACGAGAUUUCCGGUUUUCGGAGAGAUUUCGGAAAACUCGGCCGAGAAAAAAACCCUGGUUGUCCCUUCUUACUGAAGGACAUCCUACGUUUUUGCUAUUUAAUGAGUGGAACUUGAACCCGCGACCUCGCUGGCCUACCUCGAGAGGCUAACCACCAUAGCAGACCAAUCUUUGUGUAUAAAGUUCCGUCAGUAUUCUACUUAAUCAUGUUUUUCUGAAGAAUAAAUUCAAAUGUGACCUAUUUUUUUUGGCCGGUAGCGUUGUUUCUCGGAGGGUAACGAGAUUUCUGGUUUUCGGCGAGAUUUCGUAAAUCUCGGCCAAGAAAAAAACCCUGGUCCCUUCUUACUGUGAGUUUGAGUAUGUCUUUAUGGCUUUCUACUAUAAUGAACAGAUAGAGCACCUACUAGUUAUCAUAAAAGAACGAUAUAUUUAUGUAGUUUUAUAUUUGUUCAUGCAUCUAGUAGCGGUAAGACAGGCUCAACACUUUGGACAUGCAGAUGAUCCACUGAAAUUUGACCACUCGGUGCUUACUGCCCGAUAACAUAUCAGGUGCACAUAUACCCAACAUGUGUUUAUUGUAUGAGAUAAAAUUUCAGACUGAAAUUUGAUUCACGCAUAAAAUAAAAAUUCCUGUGCUGACAAUAGUAAUGGACCAGAAUUCAUUGCUCACUUUGAAUCUAUAUGUAUUUUGUUUCAUGAGACACAA